AUGGUUCAUGUUUCGAAACCUGAGGCUGCCAAUAGCCAAAAGGAUGGGAAAAGGUUACAUGAACAAAAACCGAACGCAACUGUAGAGCCGUCCAUAAACGUCUACAAAGAUCUUAAAGAUGCCGUAAAGUAUCUGAUCUUCAAUCCUGAGGCCAAUCACAUAGUCAUGCCUCUGCUGCUAGUUUUGGAAGCUGUCACAUUGAAGCUCAUCUUGGCCAAGGUCCAAUACACUGAGAUUGAUUAUGAAGCGUACAUGGAGCAAAUAUGGACUAUCAAGGAUGGCGAGACGAAUUAUAAACUAAUUGAAGGUGGUACUGGGCCUCUUGUUUAUCCAGGAGGCCACGUCUGGAUUUAUCAAAUUAUGGAAAGAAUAACGUCGGGUCUGGAUGAUCUGAAAGCUGGACAAAUCACUUUCAGCAUCUUGUACAUCGCUACUUUGAUGCUGCAGAUGGUGUGCUACGUCUUGCUGCAGCUGCCACCCUGGUGUGUUGCUCUUGCGGUUCUGUCCAAGCGUUUGCAUUCGAUCUAUGUCUUGAGACUGUUCAACGAUUGCUUCACCACCUUCUUCAUGGUCUCGACCGUUUUAAGUCUACUUGCUUCGGCUCGUCUGCAGCGCAAAGUUUUCUGCGUCAUCGCCAGUGUGACCUACGGUAUAGCAGUAAGCAUCAAAAUGAAUGCUCUUUUGUUUUUCCCUGGAGUUUUCUUAUCGAUCUUUCAACUCACAGACGGAAACUUGGCGUUCACACUGGGCUGCUUGGCUAGCUCGACUGCAUGGCAGUUCUAUGUGGCCCAUCCGUUUGUUGUUGAUUAUCCACGAGAGUAUUGGUCAACGGCCUUCGACUUUGGACGUCAAUUCAUGCACAGGUGGAGCGUGAACUGGCAAUUUGUGGACGAAGAUGUAUUCAACGAUUUGUGGUUCCACCGCACGCUGCUGAUCAGCCAUUUGGCAAUCCUGGCUCUAUUUGCAAUCACUAAGUUUUGUUCUGGGUUUACCGAGCUACGAGUCUCCUUGAAUGCUUUAAGGCAUCCCUUCACGCCUGUACUCCGCUCGUUUUCAAGACUCGCCCCGCUAGAUGUUGGAUAUGUAUGUCUGGUAACCAAUUUUAUUGGCGUGCUCUUUGCCAGGUCCCUUCACUACCAGUUUUUGUCGUGGUAUCACUGGACUUUACCGGUCCUGUUGCACUGGUCCCGUCUACCGAUGGGUGUUGUGUUAGCAUGGUAUCUGGCGCACGAAUGGUGUUGGAAUAGCUACCCACCAAAUGCGAAUGCCAGUUUGACGCUAUUCGCCUUGAACAGCAUUCUUCUCAUUUCCGUGUAUGUGAGGCCGGGGAAACUCAGAUCCGGCUCAGAUGGAACCGAUGAAACUUCGGCAGUCAAGAAAAAUGAAUGA